AAAUUGUGUAGCAUUAUGUUUCAUGUUGUUUCAAUUAAAUGAUAAUUAAUAAAAUUGCAUGCAUUUGUAGUAUUCACUCACUGUUUAAAUAAUGUUAUUUUCACUUACAUCUUGUUUUCAGGGAAGGAAACCAAACUGGACCCACGAGGAGGUUGUGGUCAUGUGCGACUUCGUGAAACAGCACAGAGAAAAGCUCUUUGGUCGAGCAGGACAUUGCUCCGCGAAGGUCGAAUCCAGGAAGGCAAAGUACUGGGGGAAGUGUGCGGAGGUGCUAAGGCUCCAGUGCGGGAUGGAGAGGAGGGCAUCCGAUGUAAAGACGAAAUGGGCCAACAUAAAGGUCAGGGCCAACAAAUACCAGAGCCGCAAAAAUCGAACAGGUGGAGGGCAGGCACCUACCAACAACCCAACUUUCGAGGUGAUCCUUGCGGCACAAGCUCCGCAGGCAAGAUUUGGAAUCAUGGGGGAAGAGAUUGAAGCUGGAUGCAGCCAAUCAUCAGCGAGCACCAGUAAUGGAGACGAAACAGCAGAGGCGAUGCUAAUGGACAUGAGUAAUCAAGUCGCAGCUCCAUCUGACCCUUCCAUUGUAGUUGCAAGUUCAAGAACUGCUAGUAGUAGUGCUAGUAGUAGUGCUAGCACUAGUGCUAGCUGUAGUGCUAGUAGUAGUGCUAGCACUAGUGCUAGCUGUAGUGCUAGCAGUAGUGCUAAGCAGAAGUGCUAUCCCACAAGUAGCUUCCACACCUUCGAGCACCUCUCAGGGUGAUUUUUUAAAUAUUGAGAGGCAGAGGCUGCUCGUGGAAAGGGAGCUUCUUGAGCUCAAGAGAGAAGAGGUGGGGCUUUUCAGGGAGCUCGUGGGUCUCGUAAGAUCCCUAAAAAAUAACGAGUCCUAGAUUCCCCCACUCUUGUCUCUUGGGCUCAUGGGGUGGCAUUGUUUAGUUGGAAUGUUUUUAAGGAAGUUCUAAAUUAGUAUUAUCUUUCAAAUGCCAUUGGAAUUUAACCUUUUCAUUUUUUGGACUGCA